AUGUCAGGCGACACCCAUGUAGAAGAUAAGAAGCCAGAUGUAGUUUGGAAAUACAGAGCUUUCUGUUUUCAGUUUUACUUGGGCGAUAUUAAUCUUCCCCGAGACUCGUUCUUUCAACAGGAAAUCAAGAAAGACAGUGGAUGGAUCCCCAUGGAUGUCAUGUUGAAAUGCAAUCGUUUGGCGAAGCUCACAAAGGACCCCAAGCAGAUUGCAGAUGCUCUUUCCUCAUCUUCCCUAAUUCAAGUUUCGGAUGAUGCGACUAAAAUAAGAAGGAAUCCAGAGAUUCCUUUACCUGAAAACUCUUUGGAGUACUGGCAAGGAUUGAAGAAACAAUCUGUUUACAUUAAGGGCUUCCGGGAAAAUACGACGUUUGAUGAGAUAAAAGAGUUCGUUAGUGGUUUUGGUACUAUUAUCAAUUUACUUAUGCGUCGGGAAAAGAUUGGCAGGCACAAGUUCAAAGGAUCUGUGUUUGCCACUUUCAAGACUGUAGAAGAAGCGGAGGCUUUUGUGAAAAAUAAUGUGGAAAAAUUCAAAGAUAUGACAUUAAUCAAGAUGAUGCAGAAUGAUUACUGGAGCAACAAACAGAAGCAAAUGAAGGAAAGAAGAGUCGCAAAUCGGGAAGCAAAAUUAGCUAAAAAGAAAGAUAUUGAUUUUUUUCAGCAGAAAGAGCUAGAUGAGCAGAGGAAAGCUAAUGUGGAUGUUGUGUAUGCAAAAGGCUUGGUUUUGUCAAUCGAAAACCUUCCAAAGGAGGGGACAACGAUGCAGGCGGUAAAAGACUUUUUCAGUAACUACAAGAAAGUUGCGUAUUGUGUGUAUGAAGAUGGCGACGACAAGGCACAGCUUAGAUUUAAUGGCGAAGAGAAUAGUGCAGCUGAAGCGUGGAAAGCAGCUCAAGCUGCUGGAGAGGAUGGGAAAGUGAUUUUUGGUGGUAACGAGAUCUCCGCUAGAGUUCUAGAAGGAGAGGAAGAAGAGGCUUACUGGACUGAAUUCAGCAUAAAGAAAGCUAAUAAGUGGAGUCGUAAUAAUAACCGGAAUAAACGUUUCAAAGGAAAAAGUAAUUUUGAUGACAAAAAUGGUGCUUGUGAUGGUCCAAGUCAAGAAGGAAUUGGUGGAAAGAGGCAGAAAAUCGAAGUAGAGGACGAGCCCCCAGCGAAAAAAGCGCAUGCGGAACUUGAAGAGGAGAGUGAAACAAAAGCCCAAAUUAGUGGAAAAACAGAAACCAAGACCGAAGAGAAUACAUAA